UUUCCCAAUGGCAAUGGAAAUGCCAGCCUCUCUCUCUCUCUACCAUGGCUGAUGAUCUGAGCCAUGGCCGCUUCCUUCUCCUGGUCGUGAUCAUGGUCCACAUUGGGGUGGCCCUCUCGAACCCCCGCACAAAUGUGGUGGCCGUCUACUGCACCAAGAGCCGCGCCCACAACAUGACCACGUACCUGGCCAACUUCGUGCAGGCCACGAGAGCCCUCACCGCGCAGCUCACCACCACCGGGUUCGGUCUCGCGGCGGCCGGCACCACUGAUGACAAAUUCUACACCCUCUCCCAGUGCAUGGGGGAUCUCUCCAUGCAAGACUGCGCCACCUGCUUCGCCCAGCUGAAGGCCAUCCAAUCAGGCUGCUUCCCUUCUACUGGUGGUCGAGUUUAUCUCGACGGGUGCUUCCUUAGAUCGGAAAAUUACAGCUUUUUCUCUGAGGCUGUGUCCAACAUUGACAUGAAGGUUUGCGGGAGCACGACGAGAGAUGGAUAUGAGGCGGUGGCGAGGGGUUUGGUGAGCAAUUUGGUGGAGUGGGCACCGGGGAAUGGCGGGUACGGGAGGGCGUCGUCCACAGGAGAGGGAGGGGAUAGGGUUUAUGGGCUGGCCAACUGCUGGCGGAUCCUCGAUGAGGAGUCAUGCUCAGCAUGCCUGAAGAAGGCAGCCGCUGCGGUGUUCUCGUGCUUACCGACCACUGAGGGGAGGGCCAUGAAUGCAGGCUGCUUCCUCCGAUAUUCCGACCAGAAUUUUUUGAAUGAGGGCCAUGACAUGCCCAUCGAGAUCAAUAACAUGGGUGAGAUGGUGCAAUCGUUUGGAACUCUGGCAGCUGGUAUAUUUGUGCUUGCGGUGGCAAUCAUCGUCGGAGUGAUCCUUGCUAAAUCCAUACAGGAGAGAAGGACUGCAAUCAAGAACACAGGAAUGCAACAUGAUGAAAUGGAUGCUUCACUCUUUAAAAGAAGCUUGAAUUUCAAAUAUUCAACCCUUCAAAAAGCAACCGGCUCUUUCAGAGAAUCUAAUAAGCUGGGUCAAGGAGGAUUUGGUGAAGUCUAUAAGGGAACCUUACUAGAUGGAAGAGAGAUUGCAGUGAAGAGGCUCUUCAUGAACCCAAAGAACAGGGGUUCCGAUAUUUACAAUGAAAUGAAUGUAAUCAGUCGAGCGCAGCACAAAAAUCUCGUGAGAUUUCUAGGUUGUUGCCUCUCUGGCACUGACAGCCUCCUUGUCUAUGAGUACCUCCCCAACAAGAGCCUCGAUCGCUUCCUUUUCGAUUCAAUUAGAAAGAAAGAAAUUGAUUGGAAGAAGAGGUUGGAGAUAAUUGUGGGGACUGCAGAAGGCCUAAAAUAUCUGCAUACAGAAUGUGAGGUGAGAAUAAUUCACAGAGAUAUAAAAGCCAGCAACAUCUUACUUGAUGUUAGGCUCAGACCCAAGAUUGCAGAUUUCGGCCUUGCGAGGUUCUUCUCUGGCGACAAGACCCAUAUAAGCACUGCAAUUGCCGGCACUCUGGGAUACAUGGCACCUGAGUAUGUUGCUCAUGGACAAUUAACAGAGAAGGCAGAUGUGUAUAGUUUUGGAGUGCUUGUUUUGGAGAUAAUCAGUGGCAAACAAAACAACAGAUCUGUUGACACCCUUGUCCCAACUUCGUGGAAGCUUUUCAUGUCGGAUGCAAUCAUGCGAAUAGUUGAUCCAUCAAUGUCAAUCAUGGAUCUGGCAGAAGUAACAAGGGUUAUCCAUAUAGGUCUCCUUUGCACGCAAGAGUCCCCGUCGUUGCGGCCUUGCAUGGCCGAAGUCGUUGACUACCUGAGUAAGCAGACUGUACAACUCCCCUCACCUACUAAACCUCCGUUCAUGGAUGAAUUAGGUGCGGGUAGCUGUAGCACAUCUGAGUCCCCUGAAGUUCCAUUGAAACUAUCAGUUUCCUAUUCUCAAUCAUACAAUGACUUGGAGCCAAGAUGACUGUAAUCCCCUUGUGUCUUCUCUGCUUUUCGUCACGUCCCCAAAGACAUUAAGCACCCUUUGAUUGAUCCCUUGGAGGAUGGAUGAUUGAUCCCCCCUCCCCUUUUUUUUAACCAUGUGAUAUACUCAAAGAACAUGUAGUCAUGCAGGGUUGCAACCUUACAUAACCCACUCAUUUGUUGAUAA